UUAGGUAUCAACACCACUUGUCACGCCUACUCAUCAAUUUUAGAGAGUGAUUGAAACAGAGUGUGUGUGUGUGUGUGUGAGUGUGAGAUAUCGAAAUCAAACCAAUGGGAGUCACGCUAGAUGCAGUUGAAGGCGUCAGGUGUUUUCCGGCGGGUUGGAAUGCGGCGGCGAAGCCGUGCGACUUUUGCAAGUCUGCGGCGGCGCUGCUGUUCUGCCGCGCGCACUCCGCCUUCAUGUGCAUGGCGUGCGACGCCAAGCUCCACGAUGCGGCGCCGGCGAGCCACGGGAAAGUGUGGAUGUGCGACGUCUGCGAGCAGGCGCCCGCCGCCCUCACCUGCAAGGCCGACGCCGCCGCCCUCUGCGCCACCUGCGACCGCGACAUCCACUCCGCCAAUCCCCUCGCGCAGCGCCACGACCGCGCCGCUGUGGUUCCCUUCUACGCCACCGCCGAGUCCGAACUGAUGAAGUCGACUACCGCCAUCUUCGACGACGCUCGGGUCACCGAUUCGGUCGGCAAUAAAAAAUUAGACGAUUAUAUCGCCGAUUCGAUCGGCAAUCGGAAAUUAGACGAUUGUAUCGCCGAUUCGUGGAUCUCAACAAACCCGAUCGUUCCAACCAAACUCCCGCCGCCGCCGGCGGAAACGCCGGGUUUGAAACCGGUGGAAUUCCUAUUCGCGGAUUCCGGUUUAGACAGUUACCGGAUUUGCUCGCAGCCUUACGGUGACAGUCUCGUCCCCGUACAAACAACCGCGGCACCGCCGCUUUCAGCUCAAUUAUCUCACCAACAAUCGCCGGUUAAUCGGUUCGACAUCGACUUCACGAGAUCCAAUAUCACCUCCUAUAGCAACAGCUACACCGCCGCAUCUCUCAGCCACAGCGUUUCGUCAUCGUCAAUGGAGGUUGGCUUUGUGCCAGACGGAAACGCGGAAACAUCUUAUCCUUUCACCUUGAGCUCAAUCUCCGAUCCGAUCGUAACGGCGGCGGCCGGAAUGGACAGAGAAGCCAGAGUAUUACGGUAUAAGGAGAAGAGAAAAAAUAGGAAAUUCGAGAAGACGAUCCGUUACACAUCAAGGAAGGCCUACGCAGAAACGCGGCCGAGAGUUAAAGGCAGAUUUGCAAAGAGAACCGAUUCAGAGGCUGAAAUCGACGGAAUUCUCAGCUUCGUCUCCGGCAAUCUUAUCGCUGGUGCAGGUUACGGCAUCGUCCCGACGUCGUUUUGAGAGAUGAAUCGACGCAUUCUAGUGAUAGUGAUUUCUGAUUAUCUGUUCAAAUGGCAGAUUUUGUGGAAAUUAAUUUAAUCUCGUUUUAAAUGCUCAUAAAAUGUUUUAGACUUUUAGUAGUUUUGUAUUGAAACUCUCUAGUCUCUGCUUACCGUAAAGCCCAGCUACUUUUUGUUGAAUGAGGUUUUUCUGUUUUCUUUUCUUUUCUUUUAAUUAAUAAAUAAACAAGUUGUUUAGUUA